GGCGUCCAGCAGAAUCGUACCCCAAAUCAGUCGUGAGCAGACCACGGUCGCGUUCACUUUACUUUUUCUUUUUCGGUGUCUUACCAGAGAAACAUGGGAUUAUACAAUACGGUGCUGUAUUUGGUGCUGCCAAUCGUUUGGCUGCUGUACACCUACUUCCGCCGGAAGUACUCGUACUGGGCGGACAGGAAUGUCCCUCAAGUGCCGGGAUCGCUACCGCUAGGAUCCUUCAACGGCAUGGGCACGAAGUACCACUUCGUCGAUGUUCUGAAGCGGGUCUACGAUACCUACCACAAGACCCACAAAGCCAUCGGGAUGUACCUCUCGGUGAAGCCGAUUCUGUUCGUGUCCGAUUUAGAUCUGAUCAAGAAGAUCCUGGUGAAGGAUUUCAACAGCUUUCGCGAUCGAGGCAUGUACUACAACGAGAAGGACGAUCCCCUGUCGGCGCAUCUGUUCUCGAUCGAAGGCGAGAGGUGGCGCUUUUUGCGUAACAAGCUAAGUCCGACGUUCACUUCGGGCAAGAUCAAGUACAUGUACCUGACGAUCUGCGAAAUUGGCGAGGAAUUCUUGGCGUGUUUCGAUAAGUAUUUGGACCGGAAGGAGGCGGUAGAUAUUAAGCCACUAGCCCAAAGGUUUACCAGUGAUGUGAUUUCUUCGGUGGCGUUUGGAUUGAAGACGAACGCGUUGAAGAACGAGGGCUCGGAGUUGCUGAACAAGGGCGAUUCGGUUUUCAAACCUGGACGUUGGGAGACGAUUCGGAUAUUUGCGCUGUUGAGCUAUCGUGACUUGGCGAAGAAGUUGGGAUUGAGGCAGUUUCCUAGGGAUGUUACGGACUACUUCAUGGAUAUUAUUCGGGGAACGGUGGAUCACCGCGAGAAGACCAAUGUGAUGCGUCAGGACUUCUUGCAAUUGCUGCUGAAGUUGAAGAACAAGGGAACGAUCGAGGAUCAUGAGGAGGAAUCGAAGGAAAAAAUCACACUGAACGAGUUGGCUGCUCAAGCUUUUCUGUUCUUCUUCGCCGGGUUCGAAACGACUUCGACGACCGUUUCGUUUGCUCUGUUCGAGCUGGCCAACAACGCAGAAGUGCAGGAAAAGACUCGCCUGGAAGUUCAACGCGUGUUGGCGAAGCACGGUGGACACCUCACGUACGAUGCGAUUAAGGAAAUGACCUAUCUGGAGCAGGUCGUCAACGAAACCCUUCGCAAGCAUCCCCCAGUGGGCAACCUGAUUCGGCUGGCCAACGAUCCGUACCGUAUCGACUCGCUCGGAACCGACAUCGAACGGGACACCAUGAUCAUGAUUCCGGUUCAUGCCAUCCACAACGACCCGGACAUCUACCCCGAUCCGGAACGCUUCGAUCCGGACCGGUUCACGCCGGAGGCGAUCAACGCCCGUCAUUCGCACAGUUUCAUUCCGUUCGGAGAUGGUCCACGGAAUUGUAUCGGGAUGCGUUUUGCUCUGGUGGAGGUUAAGUUUGGAAUUGCCCAGCUGUUGACAAGGUUGCGUUUUACUGUGAAUGAGAAAACUCAGUUCCCGAUUCGGUACGAUCCCAAGUCACAGUUUGCCGAGGUGGAAGGUGGCAUCUGGCUGAAUGUGGAACGGAUUUGAGGCGCGGUGCGAUUGCGUCACUUUUGACACGCGCAGAACUUCGGAUGGCGCAAAACGAGGAGAGUAAGCUUAUAACAUUGGAGGAAAGAUGGAAGGGGCGCGGUAGAACAGUGUGAAUCACAUGUUUAGUUUAGUAGCUACUGAUGUAGCAUGAUGAUGAUGGAAUCUAAUGAUCAUUGAACAAUUUACGACAAUUUGAUUACUAUACUACACGGAUAUUAUGUGAUGGUUAGAAAUAGCUUGCACGUCAUUAGCAUAUAAAUUAGAAUGAGUAAACUUAGUGAAAUACAUUUUUGGAGAUGCUAACAAGCCUGUCAAUAAAUCAUGCCUCAAUUGAGUCCUAAAUUUGUUUUAUGAA